AGAUCGCAUGUAUUUAACGGUUUUGUAAGGAAGUAAAAAAAUAUUCAAACGUAAACUUGAUUCAAAAUGGAUAAUAUCUCGGACAGAAUGAAUACCUUCGACAACUGGCAGUACAAAACAUCGCCAACUAAAUUGGCGAAGGCGGGGUUCUACUCUAUAGGCUACCACGACAUUGUGAAGUGUUAUUCAUGCGGCACCUCUCUUCGGUACCUGGCUGAGGAUGAUGACCCAUGGGCAGUGCAUGAACAGAUGUCGAAUCUCUGUCCCUUCCUGACCAAUAACGCAGAAUCGUCAUCAGCGGCAAGGACGUCUCCGAGAAGUGUUGAAAAAGCACCCUCAGAGAUGUCCAUGUCGGAACUCAAAGAGGACAACCGGCGACGACGGGCCAUGUUGGAGUGCAGGGUCUGUAGAGAGAGGCAAGCCUGCAUGUUGCUGAUACCCUGUGGUCAUAGGGCGGCAUGUGGGGAUUGCGCGCCGAACAUCAGCACGUGCCCAGACUGCAAAGGAGAUGUUACGGAGACACUGAAGACCUACAUGGCGUGAAGAUACCGAGUCAGAUCCAGUGGCUGUCUUGCAAAAUAUAGGAAACAAGACUAUUAAAACUGAAAAUCUUACUUAACACUUGUAUCUCGAAGAGCAAACAUUAUAAGAAUGAAUGAUAAAAGUUGAUCAAGUCCAAAAUCACAUCAAGCGGUAGGAUGUGAACACAUAUACAAUUUCAGAAUUGAGACUUAAUUAAAGUUAUUGUUUUCUAGUUCAUAAAUUUUUGUCAGGGUUUAUAAGAUAUUAUCUAACGUUUUUCUAAGAAUAUAAUUUAGGCCCUUAAUCGCAUAACUAUCCUCAAGCCACCGUUGUGUUUCUGCUUUCGUUUAAAGUGACCCGUAUCGCCCAGACGCUUUUCUUACAAGUACAGAAAGAACGACAUAAUGUAAUUUAUAAUUGUCAGCUAAAUUAGUUAUCUUUUUUUUUAAAUAAAGCCACUCACUGUUAAAAUUG